AUGACAUCCGCUACCGUAAUCGCGAUCGGCGUCCUUUUAGCGGCUUUACUAUACAAGUAUAUCAUUCACCCUUGUUGUUUAUCGCCAAUCGCCAGCGUCCCCAACGCACAUUUCACAUCACCCAUUUCGACUAGGUGGAUAGAAAAGCAACGCAAUGAGGGCAAAGAAGUCCUCGCCAUCUACGACCUACACCAGAAGCUCGGUCCUGUGGUGCGACUGGGACCGGAUGAACUGAGCGUGAAUUCACUGAGUGGCCUGAAGACAAUCUACACGGGCGCAUUCGAGAAGCACUCAUUUUACAGCGACGUGUUUAUCAAUUUCCAGACGCCUAAUCUAGUCGGAAUGCUGCAUAACAAUCCUCACGCUCGUCAGAAGCGUAUGCUCAGCAGAAUCUACUCCAAGUCGUAUCUGCAGGAGUCGCGGGAUCUGCGCGAUAUCUCCAGCAUUGUUCUGUCCCAAAGACUGUUCCCAGUUCUACGGCAUGUAGCCAAAUCUGGAGAGGCGAUCAAUGUGUUGCCUUUGUUCCAAGCCGUGGGGAUGGACUUCACGUCAUCUUACUUGUUCGGCACAAAGAAUAGCACAACAUACAUCUUCUGUCUUCCGGAGUGGCAACAAUGGUUGGAGGAAUAUGAGAAGUUCAAGUACAUGAGUGUACAGGAUCGGUACAUGGGUUUCAUUGAAAGCUGGUGCCUUUCACUUUGCCGCAAGGUCGAGAAUAACGAUCAGCCGAAUGAUGUGCCGAUCGCCACGAAUGCAGUGGUAUAUAGCCAGCUUCGUCAAUCGCUUGAGAAGGACCCGGACAAUCGACCCCUCGAAUUAGCUAUUGCAUCGGAGGUACUCGAUCAUCUUGUAGCAGGUCAUGAAACUAGCGGAAUUACCUUCACCUAUAUGAUGUGGGAGCUCUCUCAACACCCAGAACUGCAAGCCGAGUUGCGCCGAGAGCUCCUCACGCUGACACCGAAUCUGACAUCCCUAUCUGCCUCGGAUGAUGCAGCGGGCCUACCAUCUCUCCCUUCACCGUUGGAAAUUGAUGCUCUUCCCCUGCUAGAUGCAGUCCUCCGAGAAACUCUGCGGUUACAUUCGCCCGCACCAGCACCAUUACCUCGCGUAACACCAGCCUCCCCGGCCGGCGUAUCAAUUGAUGGCUACCACAAUAUUCCUGCUGGCGUACGCGUGAGCUCUUCUUCGUACUCGCUGCACCGUAUCGAAGAGGUUUACCCCCGAUCGUCAGAUUGGCUCCCCGAACGAUGGCUCAAACCCGAACCAGGCAAGAUUCACGAUAUGCGCCGACUGUUCUGGCCGUUUGGAAGUGGCGGGCGCAUGUGUUUGGGUAGUAAUUUUGCUUUGCAGGAAAUCAAACUUGUGAUGGCAGCAGUCUACACGAACUUUACGACUUCUAUUGUUGACGACGAGGGCAUCGAGCAGGACCAUGCGUUCAUUUCCCUGCCCUUGGGGCGUAAGCUUAUGUUGAAAUUUACUCCUGUGACGGAGGCAUGA